AAAAACACACUGCCUUCGUCACGCACUAGCCAAAACCAGCUUUUCAGGACUUAGUCUCACACAAACACAAACUCUAACACACUCUUUCCAUAUCUCUUUUCCCAUACUCUCUCCACCGCCCUCUGAAGUCCAAAACUUCUGCACUGCAAUACCCAUUGGUGGAUUUUUUGUUUUUUGCUAAUAUUCUUUAUUAUUUAUUUAUUUAUUUAUAGUACUACAUAAACUUCCGCUCUAAGCUUUCCCUCUUGGGUUCUACGAAAGGUCAUCAAUUGCCUCAUAACUGAAACCCCGUCAUCCAUUAAGUUUCUGUUUGCACGCAGCGUUGAACCAUAAAUUUGCAGUUUGAGGGAACAAGAGCACGACGACGAUCACCCCAAACAACACGACGACGAUUUCAGAGAACAGUGGUUUGCACGGGACAAAUCCGUGCAUCAUCUUCAAAAGCAGCGAUAUUUACAACUGUGAUUGUCGUAGGUGCGUAAGGAUCUUCGUGUGGGUGGGUGGUUAAAAUAGAAAAGAAAGGAGAAAAAAGUGAGUUCACGGUUUGCGAGUGAAUAAUAAAGAAACAAACAAGAAAAGGAGAAAAAGAAAAAAAAAAGGCAAAAAAAAAAAAAUGCCUCAUAGAGCAACUUACAUUUUCCCUAGGCAAUUUCCAGAGAGAGGGUUGGAUGAAUCUGCGAGGCAGAGAUUGGAUCACGAGAAGAAGAGACUCGUCAACUCUGUCAAAUCACCUGAUAAUGAUAAUAAUUUUGGCACUGAAAACGACGUCGUGUCUUCAACGACUACUACUACUGCUACUGACACACCUGCUCCUCACUCCAAAGACGUCGUCGUUUUUCCCUCGGGCAAACACUCGGCUGUUUCUGACCUCUUUGCCGGCGCCGGCGUUGCCGGAGUAGGCAGGUUCAGGGCAAAGAGCAAGCAAAUCGCCGCCUUCUGUAACUGGAUCAACGAUAAGCGUGAUUCUGGUAACCGAUUGGAUCGUCGCCGCCAUGUUUUGGCGGCAGCCGAGGAGGAGGAGGAGGAGGAGGAUGACGAUCACGAAAUGUUGCUUCCUCCCACGACGGCGGCGACGGUCAAAGAUUCCAGCGGCGGCGGAGGCGUUGACCAGAGCUUCGAUCGGCAGGUGUCGCUGCCGCGGUUGUCGAGUGGAAGCAGCUACGCCGGGAGCUUGUUCUCCGGAACGACGACGUUCGACGGCACCGCCACAUUUUCCAGCGACAUUAACACCAUUAACAUCAAAGACGACUCCUCCAACGCAACAAGGAAGCACCACCACGACGAAGAAGAGGAGCAAGAUCGCAACAACAAUAACAUCGAUAACAGUUAUGCUAGAAAGUACAAAGAAAGCUACUACCUCCAAGUCACAUUAGCGAAGAGGCUCGCUUGCUUAGCAAGCCUCAGCACGGAACCCUUUCUCAUCACGGCAACCGAGACUUGGGAUGCUGAAUCCGUUUCUUAUCGGUUAUGGGUGAAUGGGUGCUUGUCGUACACGGAUAAGAUAUCGGAUGGUUUUUACAACAUACUGGGUAUGAAUCCAUACUUGUGGGUGAUGUGCAACGAGAACGAAGAAGGGAAGAAGCUGCCUACGCUGAUGGCGCUGAAAGCAGUGGAGCCGAGCGAAUCGUCGAUCGAGGUUGUCGUUAUUGAUAGGCACGAGGACUGUCGGCUUAAGCAGCUUAUGGAUAAAGCGCAGGAGCUGUAUUGUGAAUCGGAGAACUCGUUGGCGCUGGUUGAGCAACUUGGGAAGCUAGUUGCCAUAUGCAUGGGGGGCACCUUUCCGGUUGAGCAAGGGGAUCUGCACAACCGGUGGAAUAGGGUAAGCAAGAGGUUGAUAAGUUUUUACCAAUGCGUUGUGCUUCCCAUUGGAAGCUUGUCUGCUGGUCUGUGUAGGCAUCGCGCCAUUCUCUUUAAGAGAUUGGCAGAUUAUGUAGGUUUGCCAUGUCGCAUUGCUAAAGGUUGCAGGUACUGUGCUUCAGAUCAUAGAUCCUCUUGUCUUGUCAAGAUUAAAGACGACAGGCAGCACUUAAGGGAAUAUGUUGUGGACCUAGUCGGAGAACCAGGAACCAUCCACGGGCCAGAUUCUUCGAUCAAUGGAGCAUAUUUGUCUUCCGUUCCUUCUCCAUUUCGGAUUUCUCAUUUAAAGGAAUGCCAGUCGCCAUAUCUGGCUGGUGAAGCAUGUACCCGUUCAGUAAAUUCAAAUCUUACAGGUUGUUGUGUACAGGAAGGUCCUGAAGGAAAAGAUACUAAUUUGCUGAAAAAUUUUAAGAACUCCGGUUUUGCUUCAGUUGAUCAAAAUUCUGGAGGUGUUUCUGAAGCUGUUCGUCCAGCCUCUGUAACAUAUGAUGAAUAUCCUGGAAUUGCUAAAGAUGAGGUUGUGGCACAAGGCAUUUCCAACAAUGAGAUCAUUACGAAGAAAAAUUCUGAAGCAAAAACCAUUUCUAAGCAAUCUAUACAGAGCACAACCAACCAGUCAGCACCAGAGAAGAUAGGCAAUAAACAUGAAAACCACGGUUCUGGAAAUAUUCCAAGAUACGUGAAUCUUGAACCAUCGCUUGCAAUGGACUGGCUAGAGAUAGCAUGGGAAGAUUUACGUAUCAAAGAGCGUAUUGGUGCUGGAUCAUUUGGGACAGUGUACCGAGCUGAAUGGCAUGGAUCGGAUGUUGCUGUCAAGGUUUUAACAGUUCAGGAUUUCCAUGAUGAUCAGUUGAAGGAGUUUUUAAGAGAGGUUGCAAUAAUGAAACGUGUUCGGCAUCCAAAUGUGGUGCUCUUCAUGGGUGCGGUUACAAAACGUCCCCAUCUAUCUAUAGUCACAGAGUAUUUGCCUCGGGGUAGUCUAUACCGCCUGAUACAUAGGCCGGCAUCUGGUGAAAUUCUUGAUCCGAGGAGACGACUACGGAUGGCUUUAGAUGUGGCUAAAGGGAUAAAUUAUCUCCAUUGUCUAAAACCUCCAAUAGUGCACUGGGAUCUGAAAUCUCCAAACCUGUUGGUGGACAGAAAUUGGACAGUAAAGGUGUGUGAUUUUGGAUUAUCCAGAUUUAAGGCGAACACUUUCAUAUCAUCAAAAUCUGUUGCUGGAACACCUGAAUGGAUGGCCCCAGAAUUUCUUCGCGGAGAACCUUCGAAUGAGAAGUCUGAUGUCUACAGUUUCGGCGUCAUCAUGUGGGAACUCAUAACCCUGCAACAACCAUGGAGUGGACUUGGCCCUGCCCAGGUCGUUGGAGCUGUGGCUUUCCAGAAUAGAAGGCUAGCUCUCCCUCCAAACAUCUCCCCAGUAUUGGCAUCUGUUGUGGAAUCAUGCUGGGCCGAUAACCCUGCUGAUCGACCAUCUCUUCCUAGCAUAGUUGAGUCGCUGAAGAAGCUGCUAAAGUCCCCAGUGGAUUCCAUAAAAAUGGGUGAUGAGACAUAAGAGGAGCAUGCAUGCCUGCUUCCCAUGAUUAGCUGUUAAUUUUUUUUUUUUUUUUGUCAGUGUUUUGUUGCUAACUGGCGGCUAUGGAGAAGUUAUUGUUAAUUUAACCUGAGAACCUUGGCUGGUUUUUCAAUUGAGGGAGAACCACCCCCUGAAUCGAUUGCAACAAAUGGUUGCUCAAUGCUUUUUACUAACCCGUUUCAGAAGGACAAUAAAAAAUGCCAUCAAGUGGAGUGGAGUAAAAUGAAAGUGGUGAUAUUGUAGGUUUCCUUCCUGUAUCUUGAAUCUUGGGCUACUGAAUUGUAUGAAUGGAACUCAUGACCUCGAGCUCUUUUAUCUCUGGCUCGAGAUCAAUAAUAUAUAUUCAAAU